CACAAGUCCAUCCAAGUGUGAGUUAUCAAAUAUCAGCCACAACAAAUCCUGGCCACGGAAAAACAGAGAAUCCAAAUCCAAAGAACAAAGAGAAAAAGAGAUGAGGUUUUGUUCCCAACUGUCAUUUGCAUGGCCUUAGCUUAAACUAUCCAUUACUUCUAAUAUCUUCUUCUUCUCCUUCUUCUUCUUCUUCUUACUAUAUUUCAACAUCAUCUUCAACCUCUCUCUCAUCUUCUAUCCCUCCAAAACAGACAGUCCUUUUCUUUAUCAAACACCUUUUCUUUUUCUUUUGUCACUUUUGUUUAUUUGUUAGUUUCUCUGAAAAUGGCUGCUACCUCUGCUACUAUGGCCGUAGCUGAUGUUUCAUCAUCAUCAUACUCCAAGACCCACCUUUUAAAAUCUUCCCAGAUCUCAUUCUUGUCCAACCAUCUUCACAAACACCGACGUUGUGCUUUUCGACCUCUUCCUCCAACUCAAUAUGCCAGAAUUUCUUGCUCUGUUGCUCCCAAUCAAGUUGAAGCCCCGAUCCCAAUACAAGCUGAAGACACAAAGAACAAGCCUGAGUGCUAUGGGGUGUUCUGCCUCACUUAUGAUCUCAAAGCUGAAGAAGAGACGAAAUCAUGGAAGAAACUAAUUAAUGUUGCAGUCUCAGGAGCUGCUGGGAUGAUAUCAAAUCAUCUACUUUUCAAACUUGCAGCUGGUGAGGUUUUUGGUCCAGACCAACCCAUUGCAUUGAAAUUACUGGGAUCUGAGAGGUCUAUUCAAGCUCUUGAAGGAGUUGCCAUGGAAUUGGAGGACUCCUUGUUUCCCCUGUUGAGAGAGGUCAGCAUAGGCAUUGAUCCAUAUGAGGUAUUUCAAGAUGCAGAAUGGGCUCUUUUAAUUGGAGCAAAGCCUCGAGGACCUGGACUGGAACGAGCAGACUUGUUAGACAUAAACGGACAGAUCUUCGCAGAACAGGGAAAAGCUCUCAAUGCUGUUGCAUCUCGAAAUGUCAAAGUUAUAGUGGUUGGCAAUCCUUGUAAUACCAAUACUCUAAUUUGUUUGAAAAACGCUCCAGACAUACCUGCAAAGAAUUUCCAUGCUUUAACACGGUUAGAUGAAAACAGAGCAAAAUGUCAGCUUGCCCUUAAAGCAGGAGUUUUCUAUGAUAAAGUGUCUAAUAUGACAAUUUGGGGAAACCACUCAACUACUCAGGUUCCUGAUUUCUUAAAUGCUAGAAUAGAUGGGGUACCUGUCAAAGAGGUCAUCAAGGAUCACAAGUGGUUAGAGAAUGAGUUCACUGAAAUAAUUCAGAAGAGAGGUGGGGUGCUUAUUAAAAAAUGGGGAAGAUCAUCUGCAGCAUCUACUGCUGUUUCAAUUGUUGAUGCCAUGAAAUCUUUGGUUACACCGACCCCUGAGGGUGAUUGGUUUUCUACAGGAGUUUACACCAAUGGAAAUCCUUAUGGCAUAGCAGAGGAUAUUGUUUUCAGUAUGCCAUGCAGAUCAAAGGGAGAUGGUGACUAUGAACUUGUAAAGGAAAUUCAAUUUGAUGACUACCUCCGAAACCGAAUAGCAAAGAGUGAAGCUGAACUAGUAGCUGAGAAGAGAUGUGUGGCUCAUCUUAUUGGCGAGGGCAUUGGUUACUGUGAUAUACAAGAGGACACAAUGCUUCCGGGAGAGAUGUAAGGAAGAAAAAGUAACUCUUAUCCUCAGAAUUAAUAUGAAAUUAUGAUAAAUGACCAAAUGAGAGAAGGGAUAAAAAUUAAAGCUAAAUCAUGUAGAUUAAGCAUGAAAGAGUUUAUUGGUUGUAAAAUUUUGAGAUGAUGAGCCUUAGUUCUCAUGAAAAAAAAAUAAUAAUAGUAAUAAUAAUGAGUCUCAAUUCCACUAUAAAAUUGACACCUUAGCCUUUUUUCUUUUACUUUUUUUCACUUUUGCUUGUGAAUUUAUUUGUAAAAAUUGAAUAGAUAACGUUUUAAGUUUGGUUUUGUGUAAUAUUGAUUCUGUAGUGAUAUUUCUUAAAUAUAAAGUAGUACUACUAGUUUGGAGUU